AUUUACAAGCUGUUUGAUAAUUGUUUUUUAAAAUUGAUGUCUUAAAAAAGAUUGACUCAGUGGUCAAAAGUUAUGAUUUAAAUUUGUCCCUCAACUCCAAAUUUUCUGUGUAAGUUAUGGUUUGACACAAAAAUUGCAGAAUUUUUCAUUUUUGUUGAAACAUUGGGUUGAAGGAGAAGAAGACAAUUUUAUACAUAAAAAUACAGUUUAGGCAAUCGACACAUAAAAUAUAUGCUAAAACGACAUUAAGUCAAUCGAAGUUGGUUAAAAUUAUUGAAAAGUUGAACACGAGGGAUGAAAGUCCUGCGGGAGCACUGGAGGAGGCCCAGGCCGAGAGUUGCCCGAAGAAACCCAAAGGGAGGGAGUUGCUGUUGCCAUAAGUCUUAUGGGCUACGCUCCUUCCCAAAAAUAUGGACCGACCUGAGAAAGACGGAUCGCUUUUGUGACGGUGUUAUAGAAAGCAGUGAUGGGAAAAUUUACAGAGUUCACAGAGUCAUUAUGGUAGCUGCAAGUGAAUAUUUCCGGGCGGUAUUCACAAGCCCUCUCGCCCCAUUGGGGUCGAACGCUCGUCUACCAUUCCCCUCCGAUAUUGUCGACUGCAUCGUCGAUUUUUGCUACACCGGACAUUGCCACAUCAAUUGCGACAAUAUAGAACGUCUGUUGCCUGCUGCGGACCAAAUCGGCGUCAUGGGAAUCAUCAGCGACUGCGCCAAGUUCUUAAGCCAACAGAUUGCCGUGUCAAACUGCUGGGGCAUUCACAGCUUCUCGAGGACUUACUUCAUGCACCAGGUCGCCCACGAAGCCAGGGAAUUCAUGAUAUUCAAUUUUGUCGAAUUCUAUAAUUAUUCUCCAGAGUUUCCAAAAAUGCCUGUUGAUGAUGUUGUCCUCCUCCUCAGCGACGACUGUCUCAACGUUAGAAAUGAAGAGUGUGUCUUUUACGCUAUACAUAGAUGGAUUAUGAUUGAUAAGAAUGAAAGGGAGCAACACACGACGAAACUCUUCCAAAGCGCUCGUCUAGGUCUUGUCUCACCCAGCUUCUUUUCAGAGAUCAUACUCAGUGCACCUUACAUCGAUAAGGUGGACCAUUUGUUCCUCAAACAGUUAAGCCUUGAAAUAGCAGAAAGAGAGAAAUCAAUGGGGUCUUCUGAGCUGAGCAUUACACCUCUGACCAAACCCCGCAUACCGUACGAGGUACUGUUCGCCAUCGGCGGCUGGAGUGCCGGUGCACCUACAAACUGCAUUGAAACGUAUGACAUCCGGGCAGACAGAUGGUUUUUAGCAAAACAGUUUGACAACACACCAAGGUCUUACCACGGACUUGUAUCCGUGGACAACCUUCUGUACGUGAUAGGUGGAUUUGACGGGUCGAACCACUUCAACACAGUGCGGUGUCAUAACCCCGUGACGAAAGAGUGGUCCGAAAAAGCUUGCAUGUACCAUGCCAGGUGUUACGUCUGCUGUGUCACCCACGGAAAAGACAUAUACGCAAUCGGUGGAUUUGACGGUAGGAUUCGUAUGAACUCUGCGGAAAAAUUUUCAAUAGCAGCGAACCAAUGGACGAUGAUCAACCCGAUGAACAGGCAGAGAUCCGAUGGUGGUGCAGCAGUGGUCGGAAACAGGAUUUUUGUCGUCGGUGGGUUUAACGGACAAGAAGUCCUGCAAUCCGCUGAAGUCUACGAUAUCGACACAGGUGUCUGGACCAUGCUCCCGCCAAUGCAUACUCCAAGGAGCGGCGUAUCCUUAGUCUAUUACAAAGGGUUUCUUUAUGCAAUUGGCGGUUUCAGCGGCUACGUCAGACUAAGCACUGUCGAGCGGCUAAAUCCGAACAACCCGAGUGACUGGUCAUUAGACGUGCCAGACAUGCUUACUCAAAGAAGUAACUUUGCUUGCGCAAUUAUGGAUGACAUGAUCUACGUCGUCGGUGGCUUCAAUGGAAGCACAACGACAGCAUAUACAGAACGAUUUGAUGGAAACCAGUGGCACGAAGUCAGCAGCAUGAACCUGAAUCGAUCAGCUCUUGCUGUUUGUCUUUGCAGAGGACUGCCAAACACAGCCGACUAUACGCUUCACUCAAAACUCAAAUCUAACGACGGAAAUAACAUGACUGGAGAUGGAAAUGCAACAGGAGACUACCUAUGCUGCAGUGAAAACUAUACCGAUCCCGUUUUAGACUUUUAUGAUGAAGACUGACUUCUUCAGCUGACUACGUAAUAAAUUCCCGUUUCUGAUUACCCCCAUGAAUAACAAUUUUUAAUAUAAUAGAAAAAAUGUAAUAUUUUCAUAGAUGAAAACUUAGUUGAAAUGAAAAUAUUAAUUUUUGAACAGUUGAAGCAAUAUUAAAAACCAAAAACAUUAAAAUGGGCA